GCGAAAUGUUUUCCAGCAAACGAGCCGAGAUGUAUCGUGGAAUCAAGGACGGAAGGUGGACAACGAAAGACAAAUUGGAUCAAUAUCGAGGAAUCCUAAAGCUAUAUGAGCGUGAAAAAAAGCUAAAAUCUCAACAUGCUGUAAAAACGAACAAGAGAAUAUCGUUGCAAUUGGGUUCGUUUCGAGAGGAUGUGAGGAAAUAUCGUCGAAUUGUAAGCGAGACGGUGAACGGAAUCGCGAAAUCUCGUACGUAUAAUUUGUUGCAUGAUCGAAAAGAUUUACAGUUGAAGUGUAAGGGGCGAAAAACAGAGUAUAUUUACGACUCUAUCUACGAGGAGAAUCAUCGAAAACGUCGUCAAUUAGAUAAGCUUCGUUACGAAAAAAAAAGAAAAAUUAAACGAUCUUUCCAACUGCAGUUACAGCAUGCAGAACUGUUAAACGACUAUGCGCAAGAACAAGAGGAACCAUGGGCUCAAGAGCAAACGCAACAGCAACUGGUGACGCGUUAUCAGCGAUCCAUAGCUAAGCAGAAUGCAGCCAAGGCUAUAAACAUUACGUACGCUUCUAUGCUCGGAAUUUUAAAAAAGGACGCGGUGCAUCAUGAAGCCUUAUUGAACGCGUUAAAACAAGAUCAACAAUCUCAAAGCGAAAUAAUAUAUAAAACAACAAUAAUCGGUCAACUCGCGACCGAAGAGUCGGAUGACAUUGGUGACAAGCGUAAACGAAUUACUGAAAAAGUCUGGGACAACAUGAAGGAGAGAGAACACGCGUUGGCAUUUGUUCGCGGUCAGGUCCAAGAUCUAUGGUCGUUUGCACAAUCGUUGAUUCGAACCGAAAGCGAAACGAUGUUCACCGUGGAAAUUACACGCGCUGCGACCGCAUCGAACCUUACCAUCGAAAAACAAAUAAAAUCCUUGGAAGAUAUAUUCGAUAAAGUUAAAGAAUCGCUACUUGUACGUUCCUAUCGAGAGUUGCUUUCAAGACUGGAGGACCAAACUAAGCAAAGAACACGGUUGCUCGAGCAAUUCGAUCGUAACGUAAAAGAACGCGAUUCGUUGUUGAGCCAGAAAAACGAUGCUUUAUCCACUCUCUCGGAAGUAGAACACUCUCUUAUAGCCAAUGCAGAAGAACAUAACGCAGACAAGAGCAUUUUAUUGGAACAAAUCGCGAUCCAAAAAGAACGUGAAUUCGAGCAGAAAAAAUGGAGGAAAGUUCAUGGUGAAUUAUUAAUGGACAUAAGAGCCGCGUUGCAAACUAUGGUAGCCAUGUUGGUUUGCGUGAGAAGGGGAGGGGGGGUUGAAGAGAAGGAUGAUACGGACGAAAUGGACGAAAUGGACGAAAUUCCCUUACCGAUAAUAGACAAAAUGGAAACGGAAGGUUUGACAUUAUUAUCGACCGUAAGUCGAAAAGUAGGAGCAUUGUUUGGAAUGAGUAACUUUGAAUUUGACAAGGAUAGAGAACAAAGAGCAAAGGAUUUAUAUCAAACUUACGUCUCCGACUACCAUUCAAGAUUAAAGUACGACGAUUUAAAAUUAGAACCAACAGGUCUAUUUGUCGAGCAUGAAGUUAUCGAUUCGUCGAUACCAACGCGAGCCGAGAUCAAGUUAAGAAGCAGACGUGCGGUAGAAACCUAUUUGCAACUGGAAUGAUGCCCCUCUGCUUUUUUUGCGUCUAACAAAAAUUUACAAUUCAAUGCUGGCUUACCACUUUAUUUUAUAUCGUUAACUCGACCCCAUCCCAUGCGUUCUUUCUUCAGUUCCAAUCUUAGCCAAGAUGGU